UCUGCCCCCCCCCCCCCACACACUCCGCCUCUAUCUAUUUCUGUCAUGUUCAUGCUCCUUUUCCCUCGUCCGAAUUCCUACAAGAUCUCAAAACCGGACAUCCUCGCCAGCGACCAUCCCUUGCUUCGUUACCAACUUUCACUUUUCCUCCCAACUUUUGCAGACUAUACUCCGCGACAAUACUAUAAGACUUAUCUAUUCCUUUCCUUUCGAAAUAAGUUCUUUUUAUUGCUUUUGCAGCGUGCACGGCCGAGUCGUAUCCUUGGAAAACAAAUGGUUCGUUUCACUGUGUCGUGAAAUAUUCGCUAUGUCGAGAUGCUUCGAAAUGUGUGAUUCGACUUAUUUUGCUGCGGACCGUGAGUUUGAUUUGUCUCUUCGAGCGAAGGAGAUCGACAAAUUGAUGCGAGCCACGGAAUAGUGGCGAAAUUCGAAAAGAUUAACGUAUCAGGACGCAUUUAACAUUAGGACCGAAGGUACUAAAAGCGCCAAGAAAAGAUCGCGACGAAAGAAAUUGGUGCGAACGCUAACGAAUGAAUCAUUCGUCGAUCUUUGAACGGAGUUGAUUUAGAAGUAAAAGCAAAGAACGUUCGAGUACUUUUCUCGUCGGGUUUCCAACACUGUAUAAAAAGCUAAAUCUUUUUGACAAACUGAAUAGUAAAUUGAACCGGUGCUAUGCUUCGCCGCGAUAUCGCUCGUUAAAGCGCGCGGAUCGGUGUUAUUCGGAGUGAUUCGUUCAUCCAUCGAGUGAUUUUCUAAUUCGAGUUCAACGAAUUUCAUCGAUCGAGCGACCCUACGAAGGCCCUAAUUAUGUCGGACAGUGGCAGCAGAAAGAAAUACAAACACUUGACGGUGUUGCAACGGCUGGAGAUAGUUAAGAAGCUUCGAGAGAACGUGCCUCCGAAAAGUUUAGCCGAAGAAUUCGGAGUGACGGUUCACACGGUUUACAAUAUUAAAAGAAACGCUGCCAACCUGCUGCAAGACGUGGCCAACAAGCAUCAUUUGCAUUACAAAACGAAAAAGAUCAAAGGUCCCGUGCUCAGAGAAUUGGAUGACAAAUUGUACCAUUGGUUUUCGGAACAAAGCGCGACAGGGAACGCGAUCGGUGACAAACUGUUGCAACAGAAAGCCGAAGAAAUAAAUCGAAAUUGCGGCGGCCCGUCGGCGUUCGCUUGCAACAGAGCAUGGGUGUGGCGAUUUAAAAAACGCCACGGUAUACAGACGGCGCAGACGGCCGGUGAAAGCGCCGACGCGGAUUUCGAGGAAGCCGAUCAAUUUUCCGCGACUUUUUGGAAAUUUGUCGAGGACGAGAACUUGAGUUUGUCGAACGUGUACAAUAUGGACGAAACCGGGCUGAUGUGGAAGAGUCUGCCCCGGAAAAAGAGCCUCGUUCCUUCCGCCGCGGAAACGGCGAACGCGGACGAAACGAAGAAGGAACGCGUCGCGAUCGGUUUUUGCGCCAACGUGACGGGCACGCACAAAUUGCCCCCGCUUUUAGUGCACGACCGUAAAAAGCCGAAAGCGGCGAGGAACGCGAAAACGUCGAAAGCGACGCGAGGGGCGCGGAAAAGCGCGCGGACGAACGGAAAGAUAUUCCGAGAUUGGUACGAGAACUUUUUCAAGCCUGCGGUGAGAGCACGGCAUUUGAGAACCGGAGAAGUCGGAAAAGUGCUUCUUUUGGUGGAUAAUUGCGGCGCGCACGUUUUGCCGGCCGACGCGAUGAAAGACGACGAUUUCGAGUUGAUGUAUCUUCCGCCCAACGCCGCGUCCGCUAUUCAGCCUAUGGGCCAGGGGGUCGUUGCCGAGGUCAAGUCACGCUUUAGAUUCAAAUUAGCGGAAAAGUUGUCGGAGUGUCCCGGUGGGUUGGCGCAAUUCGACGAACGGCACGAUUUAACGGACUCUAUGGACAUUUUGAACGCCUGUUGGGAAGAGGUGACCGAGCAAACUAUACGCGGUUCGUGGAAACACGUGCUAGGGAAUAACGGCGAGGAAAUAGAAAUGGAAACUGGCCGUAAUUCCGAAAGCUCUUCUUUGACAGAGAUAUUACAAAACUGUCCGGAGACAGCUGUUGCCCGAGAAGACGUGGAGGAGUGGCUCGCGUUGUGUCAAACGGAAGAAGAACAAAUAUGGGAUGAAAAUGGAACCGAGGAAGACGAAGACGGCGAGGACAGAGAGGAAGAGGAGGAGGAGGAAGAGGAAGAAGAAGAAGAAGAGGAGGAAAAUGCAACGAUGUUCCAAGACGAAGACGUGGCGAAAGCCCUGGACAUUAUCGUGCAAUGGACGAAACAAUUCGACGAUUCCGUGCAGUUGCAUGCCAACGUGUUGAAAGCCUUUUUUUACGAAACUAAAAAGGACCGAUAACGUCGAUGUAGUUCGUCAAGUGUUCGUAAAGACUUUUAAGAAAUAGUUUAAUCGAAAUCGAGUAAACAAAACUGUAACCGUAUAAUUUUUAAUAAUCGUGUCUCAACGUGGAGCGAUCUACGAUAAAAGUAAAGUCGAUUCGCGUCGUGUUUGGACCGAUUUUAAUCCGAAGAAUCUCGACUAUCCGUUGGUGCUACAAUUACGAAGAGACUUUUGAUCGUCGAUCUGAGAAAUAUGCGGAAUAAGCUCGCGGCGAUUAAAAAUGGCAGCGAACAAGAGAAGAGGAUAACGGUGAAAUUGAAAACAAAGGGAAAAAGGAAACGGUGGACGAUGCAGCGUGCGAUUGUAGUUUCCUCAAAAACUCUGCUGUGAAAACAAACGCUUUAAAAAGGACAGUUUUAAAAGGACAGACAAAAGAACAAGGACUACAUAUGUACACGUUAUAAUAAACGGAUCGUUUAUAGCAUAGUAAGUCGUUGAACUCGUCUCAAUACCGUCUAGAAUAUUAUCCAGUCAAAAAUAUGUAUCAACAUUUAAAAAUCCGAGGUGACCAGCAUUUUUCAUAAAAAGAUUUUUUUAGAAGCUUUAAUAUUAAUUGUUGCCGCAUCCCCGCCCCGUAUAGGAGCACAAACUGGACGGUGAAUAUCAAGAGCCUUUUCCCCUUGCCCGGCCUGCCACCAUAGCCGCAUCAUCGCCCACCCUUAGGAUGCGGUCCAAGUAGGCGAGCUUGCGGUCCAAGUUCACCCCCCGAGUACCUUAUCGAGCCGCGAGUUCUUGUCACCUCGGUUCCCACCAUCACCGGUACGGACCUCCGCAUCGUCUGGUUCAACAAAAGCCGAGCCAUCUUCGCGGUGCGGUCAUAAUAACGAGAUACGCCCUUAUUUGCAGACUACAGUUUAAAUUUUGCGCGACUCCAUGCAUCGAUUAAUCCGUGUACUAAUCACCGGAUAAAUGUCUUUGUCGCGGAUAAUCGUUGUUAGUUGUCUAAUCUCGAGGCUAGCGAGAUUAGCGAGACUGUCCGAGUUAUAGAUGCGACUAUAGAUAAAUAUCGACCGAUAUAUCUAUAUAUUACCGAUGAUGCGAUACAUUUAUAACAUCGUUAAGAUAAAUGCGAACUACGAAGCUUGGAUGAUCGAGCAAAGUAAAGUGUGACGAAUUUACUACUUUGUCAAACGUUCUUACCUCUGUUUGUACCGAUUACAUCAGCGCAUUUGUCAACUUUUGCCGCAGUCGGCUUCUUUUGCGAGCGAUUUCAUUUUUCUUUGUAUAUUACAGACGCGUAUUAACACUAUAUAACAAGCGAAUAGAUACAAAAAGAAGUAGCCACCCCUAAAUAGGGCCGACGACCAACGCCACCGAAUAUACCCGCUCUAAUCGUUUCUCGAUGAGGACGAGACUAAACUCGAGUGUAAUCGAACAUUUUUUUUACCGAUACGUAAUGUUGUAAUAAAAAUUGUAAUAUUAUUAAAGACAGUCAAAAGUAA